AGGCGAGUGAGUGUGAAGUGAUAAAUGUACCAUUGAAGAGCUCGAAAUUGUGUGGUUGGAGGUCAUUAAUGGCUGCAGCGACAGGAACCAGAGGGACCCAUCUCAGCCAUUUCAUUCAGCUACCAUUCCAGACAGAGAAAGAGACUCUCAUUUUGUGCAUUUCAAAACCUUUGUCUCUAAGAUUUGAAAGUUUUCUCGAGAGAAAUGAAGAAAUUUCAGUAAAUUUAAAACUCCCUUUUCACUCCAAAACCAAAUCCCUUUCCCGAUUUCCGCCAUCGUUGCACUUCGAUUCCUUCUUGCUGCUUUAACCCUUUUCCCAUUUCCUCCAAACCCUUCAAAUUUUGAUUCUCCAUAGAGGAUUUCGAGGACAUUUGUGUUUUUUUUUUUGGUGGGUUUUGGAGGAUGAGUGCUUCCAAGUUCAUUAAAUGCGUUACUGUUGGAGAUGGAGCUGUUGGGAAGACUUGUAUGCUCAUCUGUUACACUAGCAAUAAGUUCCCCACUGAUUAUAUUCCCACAGUGUUUGACAAUUUCAGUGCCAAUGUGUCUGUGGAUGGGAACAUUGUCAAUUUGGGAUUAUGGGACACAGCAGGUCAGGAAGAUUAUAGCAGGCUAAGGCCUUUGAGUUACAGAGGUGCAGAUGUGUUUGUUCUAGCUUUCUCAUUGAUUAGUAGAGCCAGCUAUGAAAAUAUCCUCAAGAAGUGGAUGCCCGAACUGCGUAGAUUUGCACCUAACGUUCCAAUCAUUCUAGUUGGAACGAAGCUCGAUCUCCGUGAGGACCGACGAUAUGCUAAUGAACAAAUGGGAUAUGAUGUUAUUACAUCUUCUCAGGGUGAGGAGCUGAGGAAACAAAUUGGUGCUUCAGCUUACAUUGAGUGCAGCGCUAAGACACAGCAGAAUGUCAAAGCUGUAUUUGAUACUGCCAUUAAAGUUGUUCUGCAACCUCCAAGGAGAAGAGAGGUCACGAGGAAGAAAAGGCAUCGAGGAUCGGGCUGCUCGUUCACCAGGAGCAUCAUUUGUGGAGGCUGUGCUGCCUAGAACACGUCGUGCUGCUGCAAUGUCUGAGUGAUCCUAUUUCAUGGAGGUGCUAUACUUUGUUUCGUUUUAAGCUUGCUCCAACAGCUAAUCACACCUCUCUAUGUAUUUGUUAAAUCUGUUCUGUGGCUUCAUUAGUUUAAAUUGUAGUGGUAGAGGAGGGUAUGUUGAUCUCCAUUUUGCAAACCAACUUGAAAAUUGGAGGGAAUUGUUCAUUCUCUCAAGAACUUGGGGUAUAUAUUGUAGCCUUUUUGCUGUAAUGCUUAAAGAAUACCCUGCCUCUUUCAAUCUGUUGAUUCAUUUCUA